AGCAUAUGAAACUUAUGACGUUAAGAAACAGGCAGAUAACAAACCUACAUUUAUAGCUUUAGAUUAAGUCUAAGAUAUGACACAAUCAACAUCAGACUCAUCGUUGAUUAAUGACACUGAGUUGGAAAAAGUAUCGGAUGUUGUCUCUAACGCAACAUUUUUUACAAUGGCAUCUUCUUGUAAGACUAAAGGUCAAAAGAACACUAUGCUUACACUAGAGUAUUUGUAUUAUACACGAAAUAAAGGAGUAAUACGCAGAUUCUUUGGUGGUAGUACGGCUGAAGGAACGAACGUGAAAGACAGCGAUAUCGACAAAAUGAUCGUUGCUUCAAAUAUUACGGCUUGUAAGGAUAGAGACCAAUCAAACGAUAUCGAAGGGCAGGUUUUUAUUCUAGACAGUUCAGUUUGCCUUCCAGGGUUUGCUAGAUUGAUGCCUGUAAAACUUGAUCCAAACAUAAAAACAAUUUUUAAUGAUCAUGGAAAGACUAUUGAUGAUAUGUUGGUAACGACCGAAGGGGAUAAAACAUUUCUUUCCAGUGAUAAAAUGGUUGAUUUCUGGAUGUAUUUCCUGACAAAGACGAAGACAGCAGAUACGCCAACAGAAACAUCCCGUCAUGGACCAAGUGCCACUGCAGCUAAUUUAGACAUAUACGGCUUUAUUAAGGAAAAGCUAGGUGCAUCAGUGGAACAAGAUUUCGCCUUUGGAAUAUCGUUGUACGAAUGGCCAAUUGAUGGCGAAGAGUGGAUUACCAGGGAAAGAAAAUAUGGAUGGCCUUCUACAGAAUUUAUCGAAAAAAUUACAAAGUUGAAAUGUCACGUAGUCGCUGUUGGAGACAAAAUGUCAUCUACAUCGUCAUUAGAAUGGAGAGUAUCGUUUUUGUUACAAGAAAGGGAGUUGGUAUGGAAUUUUAAUGAUACACAGCUUCAAUGCUUUAUUUUGAUGAAAAAUAUUUUGAAGAAAUUUCUACACCCUAUCGCACCAGAAGAAUUGAGCUCAUAUCACAUGAAAACUGUACUUCUUUGGCAGUCUGAAAAUAAUCCUCAACAUCUAUGGCAACCAAAAUAUUUACUUCGUUGCACCAUCAAUUGUCUUCUAUUUCUAAAACAUUGCAUAGAAAAACGUUAUCUGGAGCACUACAUUGAUCGUCGAAAAAAUUUGUUCUCGUAUAGAUUUGAAAAUCACAUUUUUAAAGAAAAUAUGAUCAAAUGCAUUGAAGAUAUUUCAGCCGAUAUUGUAGCCCAUGUUUUGCAGUGUGUCGGUGGUGUUGACCUUUUAUCCCCAUGGCUAGACAGUGAAAUGAAGGUUGAUGAUUUUCUGCAGUUAUGCAGAGAAAAACUGGAUUCUAGAAUCACAACAGAAUUUGAAACAUACAAAUUGGCUUUGGAAUAUUAUCAUAAGGGUCGAGGCUUUUUAGGAGUGAAUAUAGAAACUGUUCUUGCUGACUUUAAGCUACUUGCUGAAUAUUUUGUAGGCUUUGAGGAUCACAAACCGUUAACGGACAUAGAAGACAGAUUCACUGAAGCUGUACGCAUGUUUAUUAAUAUUCGAAUUGCAUUGACGUAUUUAGAGACGAUCAUUAAUGUUAAAGAUAAUACUGUAAAGCAGCAAAAACUGGAAAAGUUACAGAAGUUUCUGGACGAUAACCAAAAUAUUGAUGCAUUAUCUGGUAAAUUAUAUUUAGCUACAUACUGUCUAAGACUCCAAAAUACUCAAAAAGUGAUUUCCAUUAUUCGGAGUAUCCUAGAUUCGCCGUCACAAAACCUACUGUACACUGGUCAUUGUUCUAAAUACAAGACAUUACACUUUUUUAAUGGUACUACAACUCAACUGAAAGGACUUCCAAAUCCUUUUGAUCACAAAAAAGGAUAUCUUUCUACAGCUCAAGAUGUAAUAUUUUCUAGAGCAGACAUAUCGCUUGUUCCCCAUGCUCUGAAAUUCGAAUGCACCGUUGGGAGAGCUUUCUUGAUUCAUCCAUUAGUGUAUAUGUUAUACCUAGCCGUGAUUUGCACCGAAUGUGACCAAGAGGCUUACAUGUACAUGGAUGCUUUAGACUCUACAGUGAAUGAAUGCGAAGGAACUCUCCAUAGUUUCAGGCAUUUGAACAUAUUAGGGUAUUGUUAUUUCUAUAAUGGCGAUUUUAAAAAAGCGUUUGAGUGUUAUACAAAGUCGUUAAUGCAAACAGUUCCAACAGGGAGACAAAACGUGGCAUUGAUACACUUAAUCAUUUUAAUGUUUCAUGUGAUUAAGGAUAGAUACGGAGAAGAAUGUAUUUAUAAACGACAAUGAUAGUUGACUUGUCAUAAGAGCUAAAAAUAAAUAUGACACGAAAUAAGCGUUAAAAUAUAAUUUGCAAGUGGAAAUGAGCGUUAUGAUAUAAUUUGCAGAUAGAAAAAAAAUCAGAAUAAAUUUUUACUCAA